GAAAUUUGAAGAGCUAGAGAAAGCCCUUCUUCUCUGAGGAGACAACAGAGAUGGGGAGUGGAGUCAGUGCUCAGGACAAAGAACUUGCCAAGAGGUCCAAGGAGCUGGAAAAGAAGCUGCAGGAGGAUGCUGACAGAGAAGCCAAAACUGUCAAGCUGCUGUUGCUCGGUGCUGGAGAGUCAGGAAAGAGCACUAUCGUCAAACAGAUGAAGAUCAUUCACCAGGAUGGAUACUCACCAGAAGAAUGCCUAGAGUUCAAAUCUGUCAUCUACGGGAAUGUGUUACAGUCCAUCCUGGCUAUCAUCAGAGCCAUGUCCACACUAGACAUUGACUACGCUGAACCAAGUUGUGCGGAUGCUGGUCGACAGCUCGACAACCUGGCUGACUCCACUGAGGAGGGGACCAUGCCUCCUGAGCUGGUGGAGGUCAUCAGGAAGUUGUGGAAUGACAGGGGAGUUCAAGCCUGCUUUGAUAGAGCUGCAGAGUUCCAGCUCAAUGACUCGGCAUCUUACUACCUGAACCAGCUGGACCGGAUUACAGCCCCUGACUACCUCCCUAAUGAGCAAGACGUGCUUCGAUCCAGAGUCAAAACCACAGGCAUCAUCGAAACCAAGUUUUCUGUUAAAGAUUUGAAUUUCAGGAUGUUUGAUGUGGGCGGGCAGAGAUCAGAGAGAAAGAAGUGGAUCCACUGCUUUGAGGGCGUCACCUGCAUUAUUUUCUGUGCUGCUCUCAGUGCCUACGACACGGUGCUGGUGGAAGAUGACGAAGUGAAUCGCAUGCAUGAGUCUCUGCACCUGUUCAACAGCAUCUGCAACCACAAGUUCUUUGCGGCUACUUCCAUCGUCCUCUUCCUCAACAAGAAGGACCUCUUUGAGGAGAAAAUUAAAAAAGUCCACCUCAGCAUUUGUUUCCCGGAGUAUGAUGGGAACAACUCCUAUGAAGAUGCUGGGAAUUAUAUCAAGAGCCAGUUCCUUGACCUCAACAUGAGAAAAGAUGUCAAAGAAAUCUACAGUCACAUGACCUGUGCUACAGACACACAGAAUGUCAAAUUUGUGUUUGAUGCAGUUACAGACAUUAUCAUCAAAGAAAAUCUCAAGGACUGUGGGCUGUUUUAAUGCUCAGGUCCUCAGGUGUACAUUCUACAAGCAGGCUUAGAAUCUGAGAGGCUGCAUGCAGAAAAUCAGUCUGUUUUGAAGUAGUGUGGCUAGUACAGUUUAAAUAAUGUGUGGCCUAGGGUCCUAAGAGCCAGAUUCCAAUCCUGUUUCUGCUUAGCACAGUAGA